AUGGCUGAAGUCCUCCUCAACCAAGCCCAUGGCUAUGGCAUCAUCAUUGGGCUUUCCGUCUUGUUCUGUCUUAUCAUUCUGGCUGCCGUUCGGGUACAGAAGCGAUAUUUGUCUGAGGACAGUGAGCAAUCUGAGAUGUUCAUGGUAGCCAACAGAUCCGUUGGCACUGGUUUGACUGCGUCUGCUGUCUUCUCGAGUUGGAUGUGGAUCAACGAGAGUGUCAUUUGUGCCGCUUACACAUACAAGUGGGGUGUUGCCUUGCCAAUUUGGUGGGCUUCUGGCCUCUCCUUCCAAAUCGCCCUCAUGGCCCUCCUUGGUAUCGUUGCGAAGCUCCGCGUUCCUUACGCACAUACCUCGCUCGAAUUCAUACGAAUGAGAUAUGGCAAAUAUGCUCAUGGAAUAUUCAUCUUGCUGAAUCUCGUCAACAACAUCUUCGGAUGUGGUAGUAUGAUCUUGGCUGGCGCCCAACUAGUCACUGGAAUGACAGGCAUGCAUGUUGUGGCUGCUUGUAUAUUGAUUCCUGCUGGUGUUGUCAUUUACACGGCUGUCGGUGGUCUGAAAGCAACAUUCAUCACAGACUAUAUUCACACCGCGAUUGCUUUGAUCCUUCUGAUCUACUUCUCCCUAUCCGUCCUUACCAACGAGCACAUCGGAGGCAUCUCUGGCUUGUAUCACAAAGUCAAGGCAGCCGACGAUUACAUCGAUGGAAACUACCAGGGCUCGCUGCUGACCAUGAAGUCGAGACACGCUGUCUUCUUUGGGCUGGUUUUGAAAUUCGGUAACCUUGCGUUGGUUCUGAUGGACACUGCCUUCUGGCAAAAGAGUUUUGCUUCCGAGGUGGAGUCGGUCGUUCCUGCCUACGAUCUGGUUUCCGUCGUCAUUCUUGCCGUCCCUUGGUGUACAGGUACCAUCAUCGGACUAUCUGGCAGGGCCAUUGAGAAAACACCCAUCUGGUUCGACUACCCAAAUCUCUUGACAGAGAAACAGGUCAACUCUGGGUUGGUUAUGCCCUACGUCCUUCGCUCCCUGCUUGGUCAAGGCGCCACCACUGGUUUGCUUGUCUUAGUGUUCAUGGCCAUAACGUCCACGGUGUCUUCAUCUGUUAUCGCGGUGUCCAGUAUUAUCUCUCUCGACUUCUACCGCUCAUACAUUAACCCAAAGGCUUCGGAUCGCAAGAUUCUGAAGGUCAGUCACUGGGGCGUUGUCGGCCACGGAGCGUUCAUGGCCGGAUUCGCAAUUAUGCUACAGUAUGCCGGUGCUACAAAUAAUUGGACCACGUACUUCCGCCCUAUCAUCGCUUGCCCUGGUAUCUUCCCGCUGAUGCUUACUCUUCUCUGGUCUCGACAAACCAAGGCAGCCGCCAUUUUGUCACCCAUUUUGGGCCUCAUAUCGGGAGUCGGUGUAUGGCUGGGACUCUCGUACCUUUGGGGCGGAGCAUUGAACAUUCAAACAACCCAAAUACAGCUACCUGGUCUGUACGGAGCGAUCACAUCGUUCUUCUCGCCAGCACUUUACUCGGUCAUCAUUUCUUUGAUUUGGCCCAGCCAGUUCGACUGGAGGGAGUUCCUCAGAAUCGACCUCAUUGAGGAUAGCAGCUCGCCCAGUACCUCUGUACCUUCACCUCAGGACAGCAAAGAGGACGUCAACAAGAUCAGUGACCCUGCCUUCACCGGUGUCAACGAAAAGCACGAAGCAAAGACCGGACUCGUCAGUCCUGUAUCCUCGAUCUCCAACCCUAGAAGCGGUAGUCUCGACGACGUUACUCACCCCUUCAGUGAUCAAACUAUCCGCCACAUCAAAAAGUGGAGAAAUUAUGCUGCGUGCUACUUUGUCCUCAAUCUUCUCGUCACGGUGGUAUUGUGGCCGGUACCUCUCUACCGGGACUACAUUUUUACAUUGUCAUUCUUCAAGGGCUGGGUGGCCGUAGCCAUUCUGUGGCACUUUGCUGCUAUGAUGGCUGUGGUUGUUUAUCCAAUUUGGGACGGCAGACAUGUGAUUGAUACGGUAUUCAGGGGAGUAAGCAAGGAGUGGGGGAGUAAGAAAUAG